GGCGGCUAGCCUAUCGUUCGAUUAAGUAUCUCUCUUUCUCGUCGACCAGUGGUACAUAAAUAUACGCUACUUGCUCUCACUGGCGUCAGCAGUCACGUCAGAACCUGCUCAAAAUGGAUCUAAGUAUCGCUCAGGGUCAUGAUCAAGAUCGUAUUCGAAGUCGCCACCAGCCAGCAGAGCCCAGAUGGUACACGCCUCCGACCGGACGGUCAGUGGAUCUCUCGACGAAGAGGAUGUGGGGCCAUCGUUGGGCUGGUAGCCUCUCUGCUCAGCUGUAACGGCCCAAACCAACAGGUCGAUUGUUU